AGUCGGAAGAAAAAAUGGUUUUAUGGUCGUUCAUGGCCACGUCAUCUGUUUCCUACGAAUGAUACGAACAAAAUAUAGAAGAAUCAUAGCAGGUAUGAAAGUGAAGAAUCAUAGCAGGUAUGAAAGUGAAUGCGUUCAAAUGUUGAACAAAAUUGAAAUAAAAGUGCAAAAAGCAAUCUCUGUAAAUUUAUUUAGGAAAAAAAGCAGCAAAAAUGAAAAGUUGACCCUCAAAAAAGCAGGAAUUUGAAUCUACCCUGGCGCAAUUGUGAUUUGAAGAUUUUGAACAGUCCAAACUGAAACACUCUUAAAUGCAACGAAAUACGAAAGUCUCUUCAACUCCCACCUCAUUACGUCAACUACUCCUCUGUCUCACCACUUCCGUCACUUUCUCUCUCCUCCAACUCCAACUCCAACUCCAACUCCAACUCCAACACCCAAUUCCCCAAACUCACUCAUUAAAUAAAAAACGAUCCCAAUGCAACCGUCAAACGUCGGAUCCAGCAGGAGACAUAACAUCGGCAACUUAACGGCACCAUUACCAGCACCUGCUGCUGUUAUCGUCGCCAUCAAAGCUGAACGAGAUGUCUCUAAAGAACCCUUGGCUUGGGCUCUUACUCAUGUUGUUCGUCCUGGAGAUUGCAUUUCUCUGCUCGCUGUCUUCCCUGACAAGACCACUGGUCGGAGAUUAUGGAAUUUUCCUCGUCUUACCGGCAAUUGUGCCGGUCUCGAGGGGGGAAACUUGCCGGAAAGGAUUCUCGAGAUUUCUGAAUCUUGUUCUCAGAUGGCUCUUCAAUUCAAUAAUCAAAUUCAGGUGAAGGUGAGAGUUAAGGUUGUACUAGGCCUGCCUGCUGGUGAAGUAGCAGCUGAAGCAAAGAGAAAUGGUGCUACCUGGGUCAUAUUGGACAAGAAACUGAAAGAAGAACAGAAACAUUGCAUAGAAAAACUCAACUGCAGCAUUGUUGUGAUGAAAGGUGCUCAACCGAAAGUCCUUAGACUUAAUUUGGGAUUCUCAGAUGAGCCUCAGACCCCUUAUUUUUCAGCUGCCUCUUCUCCAGCCUUGGAUAGUGGCAGGCUGCAAAGUUUUAGGAUGAAGCAUGCUACGCCUAUUAGCAGCCCUGACUACCAAAGUAGUUCUUUCUCGAGAACCACAGGAGAGGCUUCAUUGUCAACCUUUGACAUGCCACCUUCUCCUUACCUUGUUUACGAUCAAAAUCCUCUAUUUGAGGGACCGAAUAGAGUGAGGCAAACACCUGCUUGUUCUCCACUUAACGUAAUGGUGUCUGAUAAGGAAAAGCUAAUUUACCCCAACAAAGAGUCUAGUUAUUAUCUUAAAAGUAAUCGACAAAAUGAAUUUUGGGUACCUGAAAACCAUGCUCAUAAUGAAAGGGCUGCACUAGCUUCAGGCUACAGAUGCUCUUUUGAAUCUAAUUCAACAGCUUCUGAGCUUAUUCAUCGAGAUCAUGAAACAAGAAGUGGAGUACUGAAGAUUGACAAAAGUCACAAAGAAGAUGAUGUCAGUACUACAAGUGCUCGUGAUUCUUUCUCUAUGGCCAGAACAUCUUCAGCGCCGCCUCCUUUAUGUUCAAUAUGUCAGCAUAAAACACCCACAUUUGGAAAACCUCCAAGACGUUUUACUUAUGAGGAGUUGGAGGUAGCAACAAACGGGUUUUCAAAUGAUAAUCUCUUGGCUCAAGGUGGAUUUGGUAUUGUGUAUAGAGGAGUUCUAAUGGAUGGACAGGUUGUUGCAGUAAAACAAUUGAAAUUUGUGGAUUCUCAAGGGGACACUGAUUUCUGUAGGGAAGUUCGGGUAUUGAGCUGUGCCCAGCACAGGAAUGUUGUGUUGCUCAUUGGCUUUUGUGUUGAGGGCAAGAAGAGAGUGCUGGUUUAUGAGUGUAUCUGUAAUCGCUCCUUGGACUUCCAUUUACACGGGAUCAAUUCCACCCCUCUGAAUUUGCAAUCACGCCUGAAGAUAGCAAUUGGUGCUGCGAGGGGAUUAAGAUACCUCCACGAGGACUGCAGAGUAGGUUGUAUAAUUCACAGAGAUUUACGACCAAACAACAUCCUCCUCACUCAUGAUUUCGAACCUCUGGUUGGCGAUUUUGGGUUGGCAAGGUUGAAUUGUGAGUGGGAUAUUGGCAUUGAGCAGCAAGUCAUUGGUGCUACAGGAUAUCUGGCACCGGAAUAUUUUAAUGGCGGAAAUAUCACUGAAAAAAUCGAUGUAUAUGCAUUUGGAGUAGUAUUGGUGGAGUUAAUUACUGGAAAAAAGGUCAAGGAAUUGCACCAAGAAAAGGGGUUUUCCUCUUUGUCUCAGCUGUUUGAUCCCUUUGCUGCCUUAGAAUCGAAUCAAAUUUUAAAAUCAACGUUUUCCUCAAAGGAACUUCAAAACAUCCCGCAUGAGAUUCAAGCUAUGGGUCGUGCAGCCUCCUUGUGUCUUCGCAAUGAUCCCGAGUCCAGACCCUCCAUGUCAAAGGUGCUUAGAAUAUUGGAAGGUAGCAGCAACACACCAAUGCCUAUAGGUUUGGACUUGAACUCGGUUGGUAGCCAAAGCGGACACAUGCAAGGAUUAAAUACUCGUAGACAUUCCGAAUUGAGGAAAUGCCAUUCUCGAAAGCUUUCGCAGUAAGAAGAAUGUAGUAGGACUAAUAUCAGGGAUCAGCUGUUGGUUAUAGGAUGUAGGACUACUAUAUGUGCGUAUUUGCAUGCUUCAAAAUAUCAUAGAGAACUUGAAAUAGAUGUAUAUUCACUUCAGUGUUAAAUGAACCACAGGUUAAAUGAACACUCAAGUACUAGUGAUUUUUGGAAGUUGUUUUUCUCUAUUUUUGGUC